GCGCAAAUUCUCUGAAUUGAAAGUACCGGGCGGCCAAUGCAGGCAACCUUCUCUAAUCCCUGCUACAUUCAACCACUGCCGCCCGUCUCAGUCCGAUAAUAGUGUGUAGCAUCUCUAGUGGUACGCGUCUCUAAAGAUGGCGAAUACCGACCCAUUCCGAAAACAUCUCAUUGCCUUACUCUCCAUUUACGCUCUUGGUCCAUCCAGUACCCCAGUUCCCAAGUACGAUGGCCCCAUAAACUGGGAAACUGGAUCUAUUCUACGUUCUUUGGAGGACUUUGCCAAGCGAAUGUAUACCGCCGAGCAUGCUCUCAGCAGCGUCUAUGCCCGAGAGAAGCAGGCGUCGCUCGUGUCUGCCCUGGAGUCCGAUGUCGAGACGAUCUCGAAGCCCCGCUCACCAGGUCCCCCUUCCAUCGACCUCCAUAUAUCCCAGGGCCCCUCUCUCGUUAACAAUAUGCCAACCUUGUCUACGCCUCCGGUUCCUAUCGUGGACACCAUGCAAUGUCCGAGAUGUGGUACUUGGACCACCGAUUCUGGGACGAUAUACAGGAUAUCAUCAUCAUCCGUACAUAUACCACCCGGUUCACCAUCUGUGGUAGCAACUGGCGGACCGCUCGAUAUCGCAGCCCGGGUGAGCGGGAUGAGUGCGGUCGAGGAACUCAAGCUCCUCAAGGACCAGGUUCAGGAUGUCGCUCGUGUCUGUAAUGCCGUCGCUAACGGUGACCUCAGCCAAAAGAUAACCGUCGACGUAAGAGGCGAGGUCAUGAUUAAAUUGAAGGAUGCCAUCAACACCAUGGUGGAAAGGCUAGGUCAGUUUGCGAAAGAGGUCACGCGUGUAUCACAGGAAGUUGGAACGGAAGGGAAACUUGGAGGUCAAGCCUUCGUCCCUGGAGUCGAAGGGACGUGGCAAGAGCUAACAGACGUCGUCAAUAUCCUUGCGGGUAAUCUUACCAGUCAAGUGCGGUCAAUUGCCGCAGUUACCAAAGCUGUCGCCGUCGGAGACCUUUCGAAACAAAUUGAGGUUGAUGCUAGAGGUGAAAUCCUCGAUCUCAAGAACACCGUUAAUGGGAUGGUCGUUCGACUUAGAGCAUUAGCUGCUGAAGUCACCAGAGUUACUCUGGAAGUCGGCAGCCAAGGGAAGCUAGGCGGACAAGCUAACGUACCCGACGUUGAAGGCGUGUGGUUCGAAUUGGUUAGGAACGUGAACCGGAUGUGUUUAUCCCUGACGGAUCAAGUUCGUUCGAUCGCUGCGGUGACGACUGCCGUGGCUCAGGGAGACUUGACAAGGAAAGUAGAGAUCGAGGUUGAGGGCGAGAUGCAGCAGCUGAAGACUACGUUCAACUCCAUGGUCGAUGACCUGAACGCUUUCGCUGGUGAAGUCACAAGGGUCGCAUUGGAGGUCGGUACACAGGGUAUCCUUGGCGGUCAAGCGACAGUCGAGGGCGUCAAAGGCACCUGGGCUGAUUUGACGAGGAACGUAAACAGGAUGGGCACCAACUUGACAGACCAAGUUCGUUCUAUAUCAAGGGUCACCAAGGCCGUUGCGAUGGGGAACCUGACACAGCUUGUUGACGUCAACGCUCAGGGCGAGAUGCUUGACCUGAAAAUCACGGUCAAUCAGAUGGUGGAGCAGUUAAGCGUCUUCGCGAGUGAAGUUACGCGUGUCAGUUUGGAGGUCGGCACGGAGGGCAGGCUUGGUGGGCAGGCCAUUGUCCCUGGCGUGUUUGGAACUUGGAAGGCUUUGACGGAUAACGUGAACUUGAUGGCGAUGAAUCUCACGAACCAAGUAAGGUCGAUCGCUAAAGUUACCAAGGCCGUUGCAAAUGGCGAUCUGUCCAAGCGUGUGGAGAUCGAUGUGAAGGGAGAGUUCCUCGAGCUGAAAGAUACUGUGAAUCAAAUGACUUCUUUAUUGAGUGUAUUUGCCGAUGAGGUAACAAGAGUAGCCAGGGAGGUGGGUACUGAAGGCAGAUUGGGUGGUCAAGCGCAGGUCAAGAAUGUGGCGGGAACGUGGAAGGCCCUGACAGACAAUGUCAAUGUGAUGGCUAGCAAUCUGACAAACCAAGUUCGGGCAAUUGCAAUCGCCACAUCCGCCGUGGCGCAUGGAGAUCUGACGCAGAAGAUUGAUGGGCUAUCUGUCUCAGGGGAAAUGCUGGAACUUGUUGAGACGAUCAAUAGGAUGAUUGUUCAACUUAACAUCUUUGCUGUCGAGGUCAAGAAGGUCGCUAGGGAGGUUGGGACAGAAGGAAAGUUAGGUGGUGCUGCCGAUGUGGGUAAUGUGCAGGGGAUCUGGCAAGAGAUUACACUGUCUGUCAAUGCCAUGGCAGGUAAUCUGACCACUCAAGUACGUGGCUUUGCUCAGAUAUCGGCUGCUGCUAUGGACGGCGACUUCACUCGAUUCAUAACUGUCGAGGCGAGCGGCGAAAUGGACUCUUUGAAGUCACAUAUCAACAGCAUGGUAUUUAAUUUGAGGGAUAGUAUCCAGAAGAACACUGCUGCGAGGGAAGCUGCCGAGCUAGCGAACAGAAGCAAGAGCGAGUUUCUAGCGAACAUGUCACAUGAGAUCAGGACGCCCAUGAAUGGUAUCAUUGGGAUGACAGAGUUAACAUUAGACAGCGAUCUUAACCGAUCACAGAGGGAGAGCUUGCUGUUAGUUCACAGUCUCGCACGAUCAUUAUUAUUGAUCAUCGACGACAUUUUGGAUAUCUCAAAGAUCGAAGCGGGUCGUAUGACAAUGGAGGCCGUCUCCUUUUCUCUUCGUCACAUCGUAUUUGGCAUGCUCAAAACCUUAGUCGCGCGCGCGUCGCAGAACAACCUAGAUUUGACCUUCGAUAUUGCGCCUGAUAUCCCUGAUCAUCUUAUCGGGGAUUCACUACGGCUGCGACAGGUGAUAACAAAUCUUGUCGGCAACGCGAUCAAGUUCACGCCUCCGAAGAUCUCACGAAAAGGACUUGUCGCGGUCAGCGUGCGCCUGGUGGCGUCUGACGAGCAGAACGUCGUGCUUGAGUUCUGCGUCGCUGAUACGGGCAUUGGUAUACCCAAAGCUAAGCAGAACAUAAUCUUCGAUACGUUCUCCCAAGCAGACGGGUCUACGACUAGGGAAUACGGAGGAACUGGGCUUGGGCUUUCGAUAUCGAAACGCUUAGUGGUGCUCAUGAAGGGCAAUAUGUGGGUUGAGAGCGAGGUGACCAAAGGCAGCAAGUUCUUCUUCACGAUCAGCUCGCGGAUAAGUCGUGUUUCAAUGGAGACCAUCAUGGCAAAAAUGGCGCCUUUUGCGAACCGGACCAUAUUGUAUGUGGAUACCUUUAAGGACCAGACUGGUGUUCGGGAACAGAUGUUUCAAUUGGGAUUGAAGCCCUAUGUCGUGCAUUCGGUGGCGGAAGUUGGCUCCGACCCUCCAGGUCAUCACAUCGACACUAUUGUGGUUGAUUCGUUGCUGGUGACCGAGAGUAUAAGGGAACUUGACCAUUUCAGAUAUCUACCCAUCGUACUAAUUGCACCUUCUAUAUCUCGACUGAAUCUUAAGUGGUGCCUGGAUAACAGCAUCACGGCGCAAUUGACCACGCCCGUCACAACCCAAGACCUCUCUUCGGCCUUGGUAGCCGCUCUGGAAUCAAACACGGUCAAUCCUGUAACAGUGCCAACUGAUUUACGGUUUGAUAUUCUCCUUGCGGAGGAUAACAUGGUUAACCAGAAGCUUGCGGUGAAGAUACUGGAAAAGUAUGGACAUUCUGUUGCCAUUGCUGAAAACGGGAACCAGGCGGUGGAAUCGUACAAGAACAGCGUGCUUCAGAGCAAACCGUUUGACGUUAUUCUUAUGGACGUCUCGAUGCCGUUCAUGGGCGGCAUAGAAGCAACCGAAAUCAUUCGGUCCUAUGAACUGGCUACUGGACUGUCGCGAAUACCGAUCAUAGCUUUGACUGCACAUGCCAUGAUCGGCGACCGUGAGCGUUGCCUACAAGCCGGAAUGGACGAUCAUAUCACUAAACCUCUUCGCCGUGGAGAUCUAAUGAACGCAAUUCAUAAGCUCGCUACAGAAAAGAACCCUUCGCGGAACACCUUCCGACGAGCGCCUGCCACAAUGUGAGGCUAAUGAAAUCAGAAUGCCCCAGUGUAUAUAGACCGUGAUAUCCGUAAGCGCUUUGUGAUACCUUACAUUCUUCUAUAUCUUUCUCGACUCUAAUGUAUAGCGGUUGUACUGAUGUAUUGAUUACUUUUUCGAUUGUUCCGGAGAAGGAAGGAAGUUGUUUUAUUAAUGAUGACACGGCGUAGCGUUUAGGCUAGGGGAAAGCUUGUAGCCGCGUCACGACACGGUAAACCUGUUAUUUCAAUAUUUACAGGAUUGAGUACAUCAUCGCGUUGUGUUCCGUUAU